AUGGAAGAAGUGGCCCAGCUUCUUCCUCCCUGUCCAUUUUGCCUGAGCUUGAAUGAGAAGGAGGUGGCUCACACAAUCACCGGGGCCCGCGGGGCCAGCGCCAACUUCCUCCCCGACGGGGCCGGCGCGGUGGCGGGGCCCGGGCGGUGCGUGGACAAUGCGAGAGUCAGGAAGUGCUCACCCCGCCCCUCCGCCCCGCGGCGGCUGCCCCUUCCCGGUCCCCAUGCCUGCGGUCAGGGUGGCUCUGCGGUCCCGGGGUCCGCGUCGGACAGCGGCCGCGCGUCCCGGAUCCCCCGCGCCCAGACUCAGAGGGCGGCAGGGGUGCGGGGCUGCGGGCGCGGGUGGGUGCCCGGGCGCAGGCAGGACGGGCGGGAGGAGAGAGCCGGCCAAGUUGGGGAGGUCCUGAUUGAAAACUUGGGCGCUAGUUCCUCCUGCCCGGUGCCCCCCACCCGCCCGCCGCGCGGUAAUUCCCUGCAAAUCCGGGCUCGCGCUGCCUCCGCCACAGGUGACGAGGCCCUGAGACGAUCCCAAGUCGGGCCAGUGAAGGUGAUGUGUUUCAGGACAGAAGGAAAUGAGGUGCAGUUCCUGGGAGAAGCCCCGUGUGCCACGCCCCUGAUCUGCAGCUUCGGGCGCCCGGUGGACCUGGAGAAGGACGACUACCAGAAGGUGGUGUGUAACAACGAGCACUGCCCGCACAGCACCUGGAUGCACCUGCAGUGCUUCUACGAGUGGGAGAGCAGCAUCCUCGUCCAGUUCAACUGCAUCGGCCGCGCGCGCAGCUGGAACGAGAAGCAGUGCCGCCAGAACAUGUGGACAAAGAAGGGCUACGACCUGGCCUUCCGCUUCUGCUCCUGCCGCUGCGGACAAGGCCACUUAAAGAAGGACACGGACUGGUACCAGGUGAAGCGGAUGCAGGACGAGAAGAAGAAGAAAUCAGGGUCGGAGAAGAACGCAGGGAAGCCCCCGGGCGAGGCAGGGGAGGAGGUGAAAAAGUGCAGGCCCCAGAACAAGCCCCAGAAAGGCCUGAACCACGACCUCCCCCGGCGCCACUCCAUGGACCGGCAGAACUCGCAGGAGAAAGCCGUGGGCGCUGCGCCCUACGGCGCCCGCUCCCCCUGCGCCUCGCCUGGCCAGUCCCCACCCACGGGCUACUCCAUCCUCUCCCCUGCCCACUUCAGCGGGCCCCGCUCCUCCAGGUACCUGGGGGAGUUCCUGAAGAACGCCAUACACCUGGAGCCUCACAAGAAGGCCAUGGCUGGGGGCCACGUGUUCCGAAACGCCCACUUUGAUUACAGCCCCGCGGGGUUGGCGGUCCACAGAGGGGGCCACUUUGAUGCCCCAGUGCAGUUCCUGCGGCGCCUCGACCUCUCCGAGCUGCUCACGCACAUCCCCAGACAUAAGCUGAACACUUUCCACGUGCGGAUGGAAGACGACGCGCAGGUGGGCCAGGGCGAGGACCUGCGCAAGUUCAUCCUUGCCGCCCUCAGUGCCAGCCACCGAAACGUCGUGAACUGUGCCCUGUGCCACCGCGCACUCCCGGUGUUCGAACAGUUCCCACUCGUGGACGGAACUCUGUUCCUGAGUCCGUCGAGACACGAUGAGAUUGAAUAUGAUGUUCCUUGUCACCUUCAAGGGAGACUCAUGCACUUGUACGCAGUGUGUGUGGACUGCCUGGAGGGCGUGCACAAGAUCAUCUGCAUCAAGUGCAAGUCCCGAUGGGAUGGCAGCUGGCACCAGCUGGGCACCAUGUACACCUACGACAUCCUGGCCGCCUCGCCCUGCUGCCAGGCCCGCCUGAACUGCAAGCACUGCGGGAAGCCGGUGAUCGACGUGCGGAUCGGGAUGCAGUACUUCUCCGAGUACAGCAACGUCCAGCAGUGUCCACAUUGUGGCAACCUGGACUACCAUUUUGUGAAGCCAUUCUCCUCCUUCAAAGUCCUCGAAGCUUAUUGA